AUGUCAGAUAAAUUUCCGGAAAUAGAUACACCAAAGUCAAAUGGAGAUUUUGAAGAUUCUUCAGAUUUCUUAUCUCGUGAAAAAGAAUUAGUAGGUGAUGAAUUUACAACAGAUCAAGAUAAAAAAGUACUUCAAGAUAGUGAAGAUGAAGAAAUAAAUGAAUUUAAAGAACAAUUUCCCGAAGUUGAAGGAACGGAAUCACAACAACAAUCACAACAACAAUCACAACAAAAUGAAGAAUUUGAAGAUGAAAUUGAAUUUGAAGGAUUUGAAUCUACUCAACCAUCAAAAGAUCUUUCACAAUCAACUUCAAUAAAAGAAUGGAAACAAAGAAGAGAUUUAGAAAUUGAAGAAAGAGAAAAAAUUAAUAGUCAAAAAAAGAAAGAUAUUAUAAAUAAAGCUAAAACAACAAUAGAUGAUUUUUAUGAAAAUUAUAAUUCCAAAAAGGAAAAUAAUUUUAAAAUUAUUGCAAAAGAUCAGGAACAAUUUUUAAAUAAAAGAGAUAAUUUUUUAAAAAAUGGUACUUUAUGGGAUAGAGUUAAUGAAUUAAUUUCAAAAGUUGAUAAUAUUGUAAUUGAUGAUAGUAGAGAUAAAACAAGAUUUAAAGAAAUUUUAACAAAAUUAAAAGGUAAAGAAAAUGUACCUGGAGCAGGUGGUUAUGCUCAAGAAUGA